GAGGGCAGUUUCCAUUGAAAAUUCUCUUCUGUUUCCUUUGUCCAGUUUAUUCUAGUCUGGUUUGUUCUUGUCAAUUCUCAGAGAUUAUUUAGCAACAUCAUUAUCUUUUCUUCUUUUCAUUUUCUCCUCAAUGGUUACUAAGAAGGGUUCUUGAUUCUCUUUCCUUCUCUCUCUGUCUUCCCCAAAUCAGGAAAAAGCAUCUACCUUUUUAAUUUGUUUUCCUCCGUUAUCUUCCGUUCACGGCUGAUUGUUGUCAAGGGGAAUCUGUUCUUUUCCGUUUUGUAUUAGCAUUGCGUGGGCUCUGUCGUUUUGUCUGCUCCCUCGUCUGAUUGGAAUUCUGGAGAGAGAGAGAGAGAGAGAGAGAGAGAGAGAGAGAGAGAGAGAGAGGCGUAUAUACACAAAACCCUUGCUGGGUCUUGUUGGGUUUCUUUUUUAAUCUUGAAAUCAAACUGUUUAUACGGUUCUGUUACUCGAAGAUUCCGGCUUUCAAUCGAUCCGGAUCUCAUUGAUGACCAGCUGUUUCAAAGAUCCAACCUUUGUUUUGAUGAGGGCUUUGCUGUGUAAGAUCCAGUGCCCUUCUUUCUUCUGUUUCUGUAAACCUUCUCCUCACAUAUGCACGGCAGGUUCGCUGAGGUUGGAGAACACGCCUCACGUGUCUUCCACCGCCUCUGUUUCAUCUAAUGAUGAUCUUGACGAUGCCCAUGAUGAUGUUGAUAAUGUGGAUGGCCAUGGAAACGAUGAGGUUAGAGAAGAGAGUAGGGUAGAUGGAAAGGAAGAGGAAGGUCGAGGUACCGGGAAUUUUCUGAAGAGCAGUCUUAGGAAGGCGGAUUCUGGUUCAAUAGAAGCUGAGAAAAGGGAGAAGAAGAAGGUGCAGUGGGUGGAUUUGAUGGGGAAGGAGCUUGCUGAGAUCCGAGAAUUUGAGCCUAGUGAUGAAGAAGAUAUCUGCUAUGAUGGUGGAAAAAGUUGUGUUUGUGUUAUCAUGUGAUCCAUCUAUUUUAGUUUUAGCUCGGUGGGGAAUAGAUGGAAGGUGAAAAGUGGACUUGCAGUGACGAAGAAGAUAUCGGCUACGACUGUUGGGUGUCUUCAAUUUGUGGCUCCAGCAUUGGAAACAUUCUCCACUGAGGGCUCAUCAACAGAACAGUUCUUGCAAACCAUGUGUCCUCACUUUCUUCUGGACAUUUUGCCUGAAUCUGUAAGCCACACAUGACACAUCCCUCUGUUGUUGGCAUAAUGGCUCGGAUCAUUCAUCAUGCUCAUCUGGGGACCUUGAAAAUGAUUGCGUGGAAAACAUGCUGUAUGAAAGGUCCAUACUUUACGGGUUCUCGAGAUCUCCAAGGUUUUGUUGAUGGGUAUGCUUCCAGUUCGGUUGUUGUAUGAUCCUUUUAGUUUUCCAUCUGAAGCGUAAUUUUUUGACAUAUAGCAGAGAGUAUUAUCUGGCUAGGGAGGCACUAUCAUCUCGAGGUGAACCAGCUUGGUGAGCCUUUCCUGGAAACUUUGCUACUUGUGUAGUUAAAUGACAGAUCAAGCAGUAUCAACUGAAGCUGGAAUCUCUCCCAUUGGCAACAAUGAUGUGUUGUAAUUCCAAGUUUCCAGGCCUAACAGCCAGUUUCACAAGGGCAUGCUUCAAAAGAAGCAGCAACAGCAGCAGCAAUUGUUUACGGCCAACAAGGGACAUGAACUCGAGAAGGGAAUGCUUGUGAUCCACUGAGCAAGUCAAGAAAUCAAGAAAAGGGUAAGCAAAAAGCUCAAGAGACUAAGAAGGUGGUGGUGAUGAUGGUGAAAGCUUAAGUUGUUUGAUCUCAUUCUUGUUCUGUCUUGUUCUUUAACUGUGUCUGUGUUCCUUCUUUGAUUGCUCCUUAUCUCUGAUUUGUUUAAGCAUCCGAUAUAUAAUUAGUGAAUGAAAUCUUAAUAUUAUUAGAUA